UGCUACCGGAAAUUCGUGACUACUUCCGGGUCACUUGCUUCCAGACUUCUACACAACAUGGCGGCCUGCUUCACUGUUCACCGCUCCACCGUGCUCCGAAGGGCGCUGCGAGGAGCCCUCAGCCUCCACGGCCGGACACCGGGACCUCCUGCCGGGGUCAGGUUCGUUUGUAGCGCUGCUGCAGAAGAAAAAAAGACGACGAUAUUGGAGUCCACGGAGGAAUACAAGUUCGUAGAGCGGCUCAUCCCGUCGACACGGGUCCCCACUCCGCCUAAACACGCUGGUCCUACCCCGUCUGGCUGGACCCCUCCGGCAGAUUCACCGCCGCCUCUGCCGUACAUGAUCCGCCGCUCCCGCAUGCACAACAUCCCAGUUUACACCGACCAGACCCACGGCAGCCGCAGGACAACGCUCGUACGGAAAGUGGAGGGGGACAUUUGGGCUCUGGAGAAGGACGUGAAGCAGUAUCUGAAGGAGGUGACUGGGAGAGAGCUGCCCACACAGGUCAAUGAGGUCACCAUGACCCUGAAGAUCAAAGGUCACUAUGAUAAGGAGCUGAAAGAAUGGUUGACCAGCAAAGGUUUCUGACUCUGGUGUGGUGAGGUGGUGCGGGGCUUCGAGGACUGACACAGCAUCAUGCUCUGGGACCAGAGAGAUGUCCAUGAGGAGAUGGAGAGGACGACUCAGGAUUCAGCAUCUAUUGGCAUGUCAGAGACUGACACACAGUCCUACAGAACUUUAAACCUGUUUCAGUCCAGCUGAUGAUUAUUACCACUGUAAUGAACUCUUUUACACCAGAGAUGUUGAAACUGUGGGAUCAUAUAGAGUGAAAUGGUGUAAAUACUUGUAUGUAAUAAAUGUAACAUUAAAUAUCAAAGCUGA